AUGCUUCUCUCUCUUUCUCUUAUUUAUAUAUUUAGUACUCUUCUCCUUUCGUUUCAACAAAACGACGAAAACACUUUUUAUUUAAACCCCCGACUGUCGUUGUUUUUCUCCUCCCACUUUUACCCAUUCCGUCUUCCUCUCCACCCACUUCUUUUCUUUUUCCUUUCUUUCUUUCUUUCUUUCUUUCUUUCUUUCUUUCUUUCUUUCUUUCUUUCUAUUUAUUUAUUUAGGUUACAGAGAGAUCUGGACUAUGGUACUGAUCUUAGACGAUUCAUAUCUAUCUAUCUAUCUAUCUAUCUAUCUAUCUAUCUAUCUAUAGAUUCUAAAUAUGUUCAUAUCUAUCUAUCUAUCUAUCUAUCUAUCUAUCUAUCUAUCUAUGUUCAUAUCUACUGUUCUUACUUAUCUAAAACUAUUCAUAUCUAUCUAUCUAUCUAUCUAUCUAUCUAUCUAUCUAUCUGUCUGUCUGUCUCAAGUCUGUUCAUAUCUAUCUAUCUAUCUAUCUAUCUAUCUAUCUAUCUAUCUAUCCAAAUUUCUUUCUCAAGUCUGUUGAUAUCUAUCUACCAAUCUCAAGUAUGUUCAUAUCUCUCUAAAGCAUGUUCAUAUCUAUCUAUCUAUCUAUCUAUCUAUCUAUCUAUCUAUCUAUCUAUCUAUCUAUCUAUCUCAAUUCUCCAUUUCUUUCUUUCUUUCUUUCUUACUUCUAAUUUCUUAUCCUUUCCUUCUUUCUUUCUUUCUUUCAUGAUUAAAUUUUCUUUCUUUCUUCCUUCUUUCUUUCUUUCUUUCUUUCUUUCUUCCUCCCUUUCUUUCUUUCUUUCUUUCUUUCUUUCUUUCUUUCUUUCUUUCUUUCUUACUGUAUAUUCCUCUACUUUUAAUGUUUAUUCUUUUUUCUUUUAA